AUGUCUAUCCAGGACCGCGCCCAAAACCACAUCUCCCAGCUCGACAAGGAGCUGUCCAAAUACCCCGCCCUCAACAACUUCGAGAAGCAGACUUCCGUGCCCAAGGUCUAUGCCGUCCUCGGUCUCGCUGCCCUCUACUUCUUCCUCAUCUUCUUCAACAUCGCCGGCGGUUUCCUCGUUAACAUUGCUGGAUUCGUCCUUCCCGGCUACUACUCCCUCGCUGCGCUGUUCAGCGUGAGCAAGGUCGAUGAUACUCAGUGGCUCACGUACUGGGUGGUCUUUGCGUUCUUGACUGUAUUCGAGAGCGCCGUCAGCGCCGUUUACUGGUUCCCAUUCUACUACACCUUCAAGUUCGUCCUUGUCCUCUGGAUGGCUCUUCCUCAGACUGGUGGUGCUCAAAUCAUCUUCCGCUCUUUCAUCCACCCCGUCUUCUCCCGCUACUUCUCCCAGACUGGUUCCACCGCCGCCAACCUCCGUGCUCAAGCCGACUCGGCUGGCAAGUCUCAGUAA